AUGUUCUGCACCUCUCUCCGCAAACGUGUGGAAUGGGCAACAGUUCCCAGCACCCUGCUCGCCUCCCAAGCUCCAAAAUGGAAAGAGCAAACCCUCACUACCCACGACCUCGCCAUUCCCAUUCCACUUCCUAAAACCCACCAAAGAGACGCCCUCGAGACCUUUCUCCUCCUCGCCCUUUCUCCCACUGACCUGCUCGACCAACCCGCAACCAUGUCCCGCAUCCAGCGCCUCUACCACCACACCGGUGGCCGCAACGUCGGUAUUUUAUUCCUGCUGAACGGAAAGACUCUCAAAAGCAACGGAACAGUUGCAUUCAUGAACCUUCAACUCACCCUCCUCAAAACCCUCGAAAUCCCCCUGAUUCCCCUGUCUUCCCUCUCCACCAUCCAGCACACACUCUCCGCCUUCCAGUGCCAACUCGUUUCCAAGCGUCGCGCCGACACCAUCCCUCAACACAACCCCGCCGUAUCUCUACUCCCGUACUGUACUAAUAACCCACCUCUGCCAGAGCAUGCGAGGAACGUAUUGAGUGAUCUCUACCAUAGUAUCCCCGAGAUUGCGAGCGUGGCUACGUCCGUAGAGGGAAAGAGAAGGUUGAGACAGUGGUUGGAGGAUAGCUGUCCGGGCGUUGCGGACGAUGUUGUAGAGUUUUGGGCGCAGGAGAUUUUCGUGGAUUGA